AUGGAAGAGAGCGAGCUUCCGUUGUCGAAGCUUGUGGAUGAGAUUUAUGGGAGGGUGAAUAGUGAGGUGGCAAAUUGGGGAGUUAUGUUGGCAGAAGAGGAUGAUGUAUUGGCAAUGUAUUGUGUUUUGGGUGAUGUUGUAGCUGCACGGUACGUGUUUGAUGAAAUUCCUAGCUUAAGUGCAUUUUCUUGGAGUGUGAUGAUUUCUGGAUAUGCAAAAGUGGGUGAUGUUGAUUCAGCUAGGUUGUUCUUUGAUGAAGCACCUGAGAAAGAUAAAGCUUACGGAUAUAGACAUAUAGUACCCGAUGAAUCUAUAUUUGUGAGCAUUCUUUCUGCCUGUGCUCAUCUUGGAGCUUCAGAUAUUGGUGUGUGGAUUCAUCGACAUUUGAAACAAUCGAAGCUUGUUCCGUUCAGUGUUCCUUUGAUUACUAGUUUAUUAGACAUGUAUGCUAAAUGUGGGGAUUUGGAAACGGCAAAAAGAUUAUUCAAAUCAAUGCAAGAGAGAGACAUUGUAUGUUGGAAUGCUAUGAUUUCUAGUUUGGCAAUGCAUGGAGAUGGGAAAGGUGCACUCCAGCUGUUUUAUGAUAUGGAAAAAGUUGGGAUGAAACCUGAUGAUAUAACAUUUAUUGCUGUUUUUACUGCUUGUAGUUACUCAGGAAUGGCACAUGGAGGUUUGAAGUUGUUGGAUAGAAUGCUAAGUGUUCACAACAUUGAGCCAAAAAGUGAACAUUAUGGCUGUUUAGUUUAUUUACUUAGUAGAGCAGGAUUUUUUGAAGAAGCAAUGGUUAUAAUAAGAAAAAUUACCAAAUCUUUGAAUGGCUCUGAAGUGACAUUGGCUUGGAGAGCAUUCCUGAGUGCAUGUUGUAACCAUGGAGAAACUCAACUAGCUGAACUUGCUGUUGAAAUUGCGGUUAAAAUUUUUGCCCAAACUCCCUAA